AUGUUUUCCUCACCCGAGUGCAUCACCUGGUUUGCUGCGUUCCUUACAAUGUCCGUUGCUAUAGUAACAGUGAACCUUCUAUCAAUCAUCGUUUUUAUAAAGAACAGAACUCUUCGCUCUCGUAGUGUGUACUUGGUUAUAAACUUGACUGUAGCUGACAUGUUGGUUGGAGGAAUUUCCAGUUCUAAUAUUCUCUUUCCAGAAAUAGGAUGCAAAAUUUUAAAUGUAAGGUUAACUCGGGAAGGAAGGGAAAUAGUGUGGUUUCUUUUCUACUGGUUUCUUCUUACCUCUCUUACAAACAUAACUGUAAUUUCGUUAGAUCGGAUGCAUGCGACAUUUCGUCCAUUCAGGCAUCGAGUUAUCAAAAAAUGGGUCUACGGGGUAACAAUUUCUGUUGUCUGGGUUUUAGCUGCAAUGAUAUCAACUGCCAUUACGAUGCUUAAUUUCUUCGGCAAAGAAUGGUCACACCAUCAGUUUUUAUGGCAAUCAUAUUGCUUAUUAUGUCUUUUUGUUAUCUGUGCUUGUUACGCCUCAAUUAUCGUCAAAAUUUGUUGUCGGGCGCGUCGUCAGCACCAAGGUGCAGCCCGUAGGCAAAGAAAACUGACUGUCACGUUACUCAUCAUGACUAUCGUAUCAUUACUGUUGUGGCUGCCAUAUGCUGUAGCUACCUUUGUUUAUUAUACAACUGAUAGCAUUCGAUCACUUUUUUUCACAAAGAGAAUACGGCUGAAUUCUUCUUUAUUGCUUUUAUUUUAUACAAACUCGUUUGUUAAUCCCGUGGUUUACACAAUAAGAAUGCCCGAGUACAGGAAAGCUCUCCUGUUAUAA